GGCGGCGGCGGGAGCUGCUGAGGAGGUUCUUGGGGCCCGAGGCGGUGGCGCCAUGGAGGGGCUGGAAGAAAAUGGAAGUGUUGUCCAAGUUGGUGAAUUGUUGCCUUGCAAGAUUUGUGGAAGAACAUUCUUUCCAGUAGCGUUAAAAAAACAUGGACCCAUUUGUCAGAAAACUGCCACCAAAAAGCGAAAGACUUUUGAUUCAAGCAGACAAAGAGCAGAAGGAACUGAUAUUCCAACAGUAAAACCUCUUAAACCUAGGCCAGAACCACCAAAGAAGCCAUCUAAUUGGAGAAGGAAGCAUGAAGAAUUCAUUGCUACCAUAAGAGCAGCUAAAGGACUGGAUCAAGCACUGAAAGAGGGUGGCAAACUUCCUCCUCCUCCUCCACCUUCUUAUGAUCCUGAUUAUAUUCAGUGUCCAUAUUGCCAGAGGAGAUUCAAUGAAAAUGCAGCUGAUAGGCAUAUAAAUUUUUGUAAAGAACAGGCAGCCCGUAUUAGUAAUAAAGGCAAAUUCUCUGCUGAUACCAAAGGAAAACCAACUACUAGGACACAGUAUAAACCACCUGCACUUAAAAAGUCAAACUCUCCUGGGACCACAUCGUCAGGAUCUUCACGAUUACCGCAACCAAGUGGCACUAGCAAAACUGUUGUAGGUGUGUCUUCAGGUAAAGUGUCUUCAGUUAGCAGUUCUUUGGGAAACAAACUUCAGACCCUGUCUCCUUCUCAUAAAGCGGUGGCAGCACCUCAGGCAGGUAAGAUGGACAAGUUAGGCCCUCCACUUCGAACUGGAAGACAUGUGCAAAGGUUGUAUGACAGUGAUACAAAGUCAGACAGUGCCUUCAAAAGACAUGAGUUAUUACCCAUUUACAAAACUAACAUCAAACCUCGAAAUUCCACACCCCCCAGUUUGUCAAGAAAUGCUGCAGCAGGUGUAUUUAUAGCCAAGAAAAAAACACAUACUGACAGCUACAUAGCUAGGCCUGAUGGAGACUAUUUAUCUUCACUGAAUGGUGGAAAUAUUAAAGGCAUUGAAGGAAACUCAUCUGGACACUUACCAAAAUUCUGCCAUGAGUGUGGGACAAAAUACCCUGUAGAUUGGGCAAAGUUCUGCUGUGAAUGUGGCAUUCGAAGAAUGAUUCUGUAAACAGAAUCUUGAAAGGAAAAGAGCCAGGUUCAGGGUCUUAUGGUUAUUGUUUCUUGGAUAGUUAGAGGAUGCCCUGUAAUUAUUUUGUGCUAAAACUAUUCAAAAUACUGUUCACAUAAUUUUUUGAGCAUAAUUUUUCAGUUGAGUAAUGUGUUUGUAUAUAUAUAUAUGUAUAUGUACUGUAUAUAAUAAAUACCUGAUACCCCAGGCUGUGCCAUUUUAAGAAAUAUUCACUUACCUGUCAGAAUGAUUUCAAGUGGAGUCAUUAACUUAGGUUUUGUUGUUCUGUUGAAACACAUUCAAUGUGUCUUAGAAAAUACUCUAGUGCUUAGCCCUUCAAGCUUUGGAGUAAUUACAAGUUUGAACAAAAAUUCCUAUUAAACAUUGCUGCUGUUGGUAUGUAGGGUCAGAAAGUAUCACAGCUGAUGGGAUGCUUGGCAUUUGUAAUCAAAGAGAGUGUUUUAGUUUUUGUUAGUUGAUGUGAAGUCAUUUUCUGUUGAAUGUUUCAAAUAGAUAUUGCUAAAAAAUAAAUAAAUAAAUAAGGUGGGAAAGCAUAAGGUCACUGUUGCCCCUGAUUCAGUAGCCUGUUAAUGAUUGAAGGAGCCUUACUUAUUCUGUGAAAAUGUAAUUACUCAUUCUUUUCAGAAAAACAAGACUAAUCAGACAAAUGUAAAUUAUUAGAACUUGACUUUUAAACUUAUAUGUGUAUUAGUUGAACAUACAUUUUAACUCACUUAUAUUUCAAAUUUUUGCUUUUUUUCUUUCUUUUC